GGUUGUUAAAGUGAGAGGAUUUACUUGGAUCAGAGGGAUCUCAAAUCUAUUCAUUCAGCUGUAAUCAGUGGCUUGUAGCUGAACGGCUUAAUAAACAAAACCCAAACCAUCACUAAGAAGAGAUUGACCUUUUUAUUUUGCAGCAUUGGCCAGUGCUGAGCCUGAAUUCCAACUAUUUUCUUCAUCAGGAGUGCUCCCUGUUAAGCUGCAGCCAUGUCAUCUGACAGUGAGAUGGCAGUUUUUGGCGUUGCUGCCUCCUUUCUCCGCAAGUCAGAGAAAGAGAGAAUUGAAGCUCAAAACAAGCCCUUUGAUGCCAAGUCAUCCGUCUUUGUGGUGGAUCCUAAAGUUUCCUUUGUAAAAGGUACUGUCCAGAGCAAGGAAGCGGGGAAAGUCACAGUUAAGAAAGAAGGUGCAGGUGGAGAAACUGUGACUGUUAAAGAUGAUCAAAUCUUUCCAAUGAACCCGCCCAAAUUUGACAAAAUUGAGGACAUGGCCAUGAUGACCCACCUCAAUGAACCUGCUGUCCUGUAUAACCUCAAAGAGCGUUAUGCAGCCUGGAUGAUUUAUACCUAUUCAGGUCUCUUCUGUGUCACAGUCAAUCCCUACAAGUGGUUGCCAGUGUACAACCCAGAGGUGGUUAAUGCAUAUAGGGGAAAAAAACGACAAGAGGCCCCUCCUCACAUCUUCUCCAUCUCUGACAAUGCGUAUCAGGCCAUGUUAACUGAUCGCGAGAAUCAGUCAAUUCUGAUCACUGGAGAAUCUGGUGCUGGAAAGACUGUGAACACGAAACGUGUCAUUCAGUACUUCGCAACAAUUGCUGCAGCUACUGACAAGAAGAAGGAAGAACCAGAGCAAACUGGCAAGUUAAAGGGCACCCUUGAAGAUCAAAUCAUCAGUGCCAACCCCUUGUUGGAAGCUUUCGGAAAUGCCAAGACUGUGAGGAAUGACAAUUCAUCUCGCUUUGGCAAAUUCAUCAGAAUCCAUUUUGGUGCCACUGGCAAGCUGGCUUCUGCAGACAUUGAGACAUAUCUGCUGGAGAAGUCCAGAGUUACCUUCCAGCUCAAGGCUGAAAGGAGCUACCAUAUCUUUUAUCAGAUCAUGUCCAACAAGAGGCCAGAACUGAUCGAGAUGCUUCUGAUUACUACCAACCCAUAUGACUACCAUUUUGUCAGCCAGGGUGAGAUCAGUGUUGCCAGCAUUAAUGAUCAAGAAGAGUUAAUGGCAACUGAUGAAGCCAUUGACAUCCUGGGCUUCACUGCUGAGGAAAAGACAGCCAUUUACAAGCUGACAGGAGCCGUCAUGCACUACGGGAACAUGAAGUUCAAGCAGAAGCAGCGAGAGGAGCAGGCUGAGCCAGACGGCACGGAAGUUGCUGACAAGGCUGCUUACCUCAUGAAUCUCAACUCAGCAGAUCUGUUGAAAGCUCUGUGCUUUCCCCGGGUCAAGGUCGGCAAUGAAUAUGUCACCAAAGGCCAAACUGUCCAGCAGGUCUACAAUAACGUUGGUGCUCUGGGUAAGGCUGUUUAUGAGAAGAUGUUCUUGUGGAUGGUCAUUCGCAUCAACCAACAAUUGGAUACCAAACAAGCCAGACAAUAUUUCAUUGGUGUGCUGGACAUUGCUGGCUUUGAGAUCUUUGAUUAUAACAGCUUGGAGCAGCUCUGCAUCAACUUCACCAAUGAGAAACUGCAACAGUUUUUCAACCAUCACAUGUUUGUCCUGGAGCAAGAAGAGUACAAGAAAGAAGGAAUUGAAUGGGAGUUCAUUGACUUUGGCAUGGACCUGGCUGCCUGCAUUGAGCUCAUUGAGAAGCCCAUGGGCAUUUUCUCCAUCCUGGAAGAAGAGUGCAUGUUCCCCAAGGCAACAGACACGUCCUUCAAGAACAAACUUUAUGACCAGCAUCUUGGCAAAUCAGGCAACUUCCAGAAACCCAAGCCUGCCAAAGGCAAGGCUGAGGCCCACUUUGCCUUGGUACACUAUGCUGGCACCGUGGAUUAUAAUAUCACUGGCUGGUUGGAGAAGAACAAGGAUCCCUUGAAUGAAACCGUAGUGGGGCUCUACCAGAAAUCCUCAAUGAAGACUUUAGCUUUGCUGUUUGCUGAUCGCCCUGCAGAAGAGGGCAAGAAGGCUGCCAAGAAGAAGGGUUCUUCUUUCCAGACUGUAUCUGCACUUUUCAGGGAGAACUUAAACAAACUGAUGAGCAAUCUGAGGAGUACUCACCCACACUUUGUGCGUUGCAUUAUUCCCAAUGAAACAAAAACACCUGGUGCUAUGGAUCAUGAGCUUGUGCUGCAUCAGCUGAGAUGCAAUGGUGUCCUGGAAGGCAUCCGCAUUUGCAGAAAGGGAUUUCCCAGUAGGAUCGUUUAUGCUGAUUUCAAACAGAGAUACAAAGUUCUGAAUGCAAGUGCCAUUCCAGAGGGCCAGUUCAUUGAUAGCAAGAAAGCUUCUGAGAAACUUCUGGGAUCCAUUGAUGUGGACCACACCCAGUAUAAAUUUGGGCACACCAAGGUGUUCUUUAAGGCUGGUCUUUUGGGUCUCCUAGAAGAAAUGAGAGAUGAUAAGUUGGCCCAUCUGAUAACACGCACCCAAGCUAUGUGUCGUGGUUUCUUAGCAAGAACAGAAUAUCAGAAAAUGUUAGCAAGGAGAGAGGCUAUCUACACUAUUCAGUACAGUGUUCGUUCAUUCAUGAAUGUCAAACAUUGGCCAUGGAUGAAGCUGUAUUUCAAGAUCAAACCUUUGCUAAAGAGUGCUGAAGCAGAAAAAGAAAUGGCCAACAUGAAGGAAGAGUUUGAGAAAGCAAAGGAGAAUCUUGCCAAGGCAGAGGCCAAAGUGAAGGAACUUGAAGAAAAAAUGGUGUCUCUGAUACAAGAGAAGAAUGACUUGCAACUCCAAGUCCAAGCUGAAGCUGAUGGCUUGGCAGAUGCUGAGGAGAGAUGUGACCAGCUAAUCAAAACCAAAAUCCAACUGGAAGCUAAAAUUAAGGAGCUCACUGAGCGAGCUGAAGAUGAAGAAGAAAUGAAUGCUGAAUUGACAGCCAAGAAGAGAAAACUGGAGGACGAAUGCUCAGAACUGAAGAAAGACAUUGAUGAUCUUGAGCUGACACUGGCCAAGGUUGAAAAGGAGAAGCAUGCUACAGAAAAUAAGGUGAAAAACCUUACUGAAGAGAUGGCGGUCUUGGACGAGACCAUUGCCAAACUGACCAAGGAGAAGAAAGCCCUGCAAGAGGCCCAUCAACAGACCUUGGAUGAUCUGCAGGCAGAGGAGGACAAAGUGAAUACUCUGACCAAAGCAAAAACCAAGCUGGAACAGCAAGUGGAUGAUCUUGAAGGGUCUCUGGAGCAAGAAAAGAAACUUCGCAUGGACCUUGAAAGAGCUAAGAGGAAGCUAGAAGGAGAUUUGAAACUAGCUCAGGAAAGUAUAAUGGAUUUGGAAAAUGAUAGGCAGCAGCUGGAUGAAAAGCUGAAGAAGAAAGACUUUGAAAUCAAUCAACUCCAGAGCAGGAUUGAAGAUGAGCAGGUCCUGGGCUCCCAGCUUCAGAAGAAGAUCAAGGAGCUGCAGGCUCGUAUUGAAGAAUUGGAAGAAGAGAUUGAGGCAGAACGGGCAUCUCGCGCCAAAGCAGAGAAACAGCGGGGUGAUCUCUCCAGGGAACUUGAAGAGAUCAGCGAGCGUCUGGAGGAAGCUGGUGGAGCAACUGUAGCUCAGAUUGAGAUGAACAAGAAACGUGAGGCAGAAUUUCAGAAAAUGCGUCGGGACCUUGAAGAGGCCACCUUGCAGCAUGAAGCCACAGCUGCUGCUCUCCGCAAGAAGCAUGCAGAUAGUGCAGCUGAACUUGGGGAACAAAUUGAUAACCUGCAGCGAGUGAAGCAGAAGCUGGAGAAGGAGAAGAGUGAACUGAAGAUGGAGAUUGAUGAUCUUGCAAGCAAUAUGGAAUCUGUCUCUAAAGCUAAGGCCAAUCUUGAAAAGAUGUGCCGCACACUAGAAGAUCAGCUAAGCGAAUUUAAAACAAAGGACGAAGAGCAUAUGCGUACCAUUAAUGACAUCAAUGCUCAAAGGGCUCGCCUACAAACAGAAGCAGGUGAGCUCUCACGACAAGUGGAAGAAAAAGACACUUUGAUCUCCCAGCUCUCUAGAAGCAAGCAAGCUUUUACUCAACAAAUUGAGGAACUGAAGCGACAACUUGAGGAAGAGAUAAAGGCCAAGAAUGCCCUGGCCCAUGGCUUGCAGUCUGCUCGACAUGACUGUGACCUCCUUCGAGAGCAAUAUGAAGAGGAGCAGGAAGCCAAGGCUGAACUACAACGUGCCCUGUCCAAGGCAAACAGUGAAGUUGCCACAUGGAGGACAAAAUAUGAGACUGAUGCCAUUCAGCGGACUGAGGAACUGGAGGAGGCUAAGAAGAAGCUUGCUCAGCGUCUGCAGGAAGCUGAGGAACAUGUAGAAGCUGUGAAUUCCAAAUGUGCUUCCCUGGAGAAGACCAAACAGAGGUUGCUGAAUGAAGUGGAGGACCUGAUGAUUGAUGUGGAAAGGUCCAAUGCAGCUUGUGCAGCUCUGGAUAAGAAGCAGAAGAACUUUGAUAAGAUUCUGGCAGACUGGAAACAAAAAUACGAGGAGACACAGUCUGAACUGGAAGCUUCACAGAAGGAGUCUCGGUCUCUGAGCACAGAGCUCUUCAAGAUGAAGAAUGCGUAUGAGGAAUCCUUGGAUCACCUGGAAACCCUGAAGCGUGAAAACAAAAACUUGCAACAGGAGAUUUCUGACCUCACGGAGCAAGUUGCUGAGGGUGGAAAAGCUAUUCAUGAGUUGGAGAAAGUGAAGAAGCAGAUUGAGCAAGAGAAAGGAGAUCUCCAGAGUGCCCUAGAAGAAGCUGAGGCCUCUCUUGAACACGAAGAGGGCAAACUCCUACGCAUCCAACUUGAGCUCAACCAGGUGAAAGCUGACAUCGACAGAAGAAUUGCAGAGAAGGAUGAAGAAAUUGAUCAGCUGAAGAGGAAUCACCUGAGGGUGGUAGAGUCUAUGCAGAGCACAUUGGACGCUGAGAUUAGGAGCAGGAAUGAUGCCCUGAGGCUUAAGAAGAAGAUGGAGGGAGAUCUGAAUGAGAUGGAGAUCCAGCUCAACCAUGCCAACCGUCAAGCUGCUGAAACACUAAAGAAUCUCAGGAACACACAAGGAGUGCUCAAGGAUACUCAAAUACAUCUGGAUGAUGCUUUGAGAAGCCAGGAAGAUUUGAAGGAACAAGUGGCCAUGAUUGAGCGCAGAGCAAACCUCAUGCAGGCUGAGAUUGAGGAGCUCCGGGCAGCUCUGGAACAGACAGAGAGGGCCAGAAAAGUGGCUGAACAGGAGCUUCUGGAUGCCAGUGAAAGGGUGCAGCUCCUCCACACCCAGAACACCAGCCUGAUCAACACCAAGAAGAAGCUGGAAACAGAUAUUGCCCAGAUCCAGAGUGAAAUGGAGGAAACUGUUCAGGAGGCACGCAAUGCUGAAGAAAAGGCCAAGAAAGCCAUCACUGACGCAGCCAUGAUGGCAGAAGAACUGAAGAAGGAACAAGACACCAGUGCCCAUCUUGAAAGGAUGAAGAAGAACUUGGACCAGACUGUGAAGGAUCUGCAACACCGUCUUGAUGAGGCAGAGCAACUAGCCCUGAAAGGAGGGAAAAAACAGAUCCAGAAAUUGGAGGCUAGGGUUCGUGAACUGGAGUCUGAGUUUGAGAAUGAGCAGAAACGCAGUGCAGAGGCUAUCAAAGGUGUACGGAAAUAUGAGAGAAGGGUAAAGGAACUAACUUAUCAGUCUGAAGAAGACCGGAAGAAUGUUUUGAGGCUCCAGGAUCUGGUAGAUAAACUACAGCUUAAAGUGAAAGCAUACAAGAGACAAGCUGAAGAGUCGGAGGAACAAUCCAACACGAACCUUUCCAAGUUCCGCAAGAUUCAGCAUGAGCUGGAAGAAGCUGAGGAACGGGCUGACAUUGCUGAGUCCCAGGUGAACAAACUCAGGGUGAAGAGCCGAGAAGUCCAUAAGAAGGUGGUUAUAAGUGAAGAAUCCAUGUCGUCAGACGCUGAAAUGGCAGUUUUCGGGGAAGCUGCCUCUUAUCUCCGGAAGUCAGAAAAGGAGAGAAUUGAAUCCCAGAACAAGCCCUUUGACGCCAAGACCUCCGUUUAUUGUGUGAAUCCUAAGGAAGCCUAUGUGAAAGGCGUUGUACAAAGUAGAGAAGGAGGGAAAGUCACAGUCAAGACUGAAAAAGGAGAAAGUGUGACUGUAAAGGAUGACCAAGUCUUUCCUAUGAACCCUCCCAAAUAUGACAAAAUUGAGGACAUGGCCAUGAUGACCCACCUCAAUGAACCUGCUGUCCUGUAUAACCUCAAAGAGCGUUAUGCAGCCUGGAUGAUCUACACCUACUCAGGUCUCUUCUGUGUCACUGUCAAUCCCUACAAGUGGUUGCCAGUGUACAACCCAGAAGUGGUGUCAGCUUACAGAGGCAAAAAGCGUCAAGAAGCCCCUCCCCACAUCUUCUCCAUCUCUGACAAUGCAUAUCAGUCCAUGUUAACUGAUCGUGAGAAUCAAUCCAUUUUGAUCACCGGAGAAUCUGGUGCUGGAAAAACUGUGAACACGAAACGUGUCAUCCAGUACUUUGCAACAAUUGCAGUUUCUUCUGACAAGAAAAAGGAAGAACAACAAUCCCAACAAGGCAAAAUACAUGGCACCCUUGAAGAUCAAAUCAUCAGUGCCAAUCCUUUGUUGGAGGCUUUUGGAAAUGCCAAGACUGUGAGAAAUGACAACUCUUCACGCUUUGGCAAAUUCAUCAGAAUCCAUUUUGGUGCCACUGGCAAGCUGGCUUCUGCAGACAUUGAGACAUAUCUGCUGGAGAAGUCCAGAGUUACCUUCCAGCUCAAGGCUGAAAGGAGCUACCAUAUCUUUUAUCAGAUCAUGUCCAACAAGAAGCCAGAACUGAUUGAGAUGCUUCUGAUUUCUACCAACCCAUAUGACUUCCAAUUUGUCAGCCAGGGUGAGAUCACUGUUGCCAGCAUUGAUGAUCAAGAAGAGUUGAUGGCAACUGAUAGUGCCAUUGACAUCCUGGGCUUCACUGCUGAGGAAAAGACAGCCAUUUACAAGCUGACUGGAGCUGUUAUGCACUAUGGGAAUAUGAAAUUCAAGCAGAAGCAGCGAGAGGAGCAGGCUGAGCCAGACGGCACUGAAGUUGCUGACAAGGCUGCCUACCUCAUGAAUCUCAACUCAGCAGAUCUGUUGAAAGCUCUGUGCUAUCCCCGGGUCAAGGUCGGCAAUGAAUAUGUCACCAAAGGCCAAACUGUCCAGCAGGUAAGUCUUUCUCAAAUCAAAGGGAAAGCUAAAAUAUUAAUUACACCCUUUAUGUGGAUGUUCCAUGUUGCAUAUGUCACCAAUUUGUUCUUCUAGGUCUACAAUAACGUAGGUGCUCUGGCUAAAGCUGUCUUUGAGAAGAUGUUCUUGUGGAUGGUCAUUCGUAUCAACCAACAAUUGGAUACCAAACAACCCAGACAAUAUUUCAUCGGUGUGCUGGACAUUGCCGGCUUUGAGAUCUUUGAUUACAACAGCCUGGAGCAGCUCUGCAUCAACUUCACCAAUGAGAAACUGCAACAGUUUUUCAACCAUCACAUGUUUGUCCUCGAGCAAGAAGAGUACAAGAAAGAAGGAAUUGAAUGGGAGUUCAUUGACUUUGGGAUGGACUUGGCUGCCUGCAUUGAACUCAUUGAGAAGCCCAUGGGCAUUUUCUCCAUCUUGGAGGAAGAGUGCAUGUUCCCCAAGGCAACAGACACAUCUUUCAAGAACAAGCUCUAUGACCAGCACCUUGGCAAGAGCAACAACUUCCAGAAACCCAAGCCUGCCAAAGGCAAAGCUGAAGCUCAUUUCUCCCUUGUGCACUAUGCUGGCACUGUUGAUUACAACAUUAGCGGCUGGCUGGACAAGAACAAGGACCCCCUGAAUGAAACUGUGGUGGGUCUAUAUCAGAAGUCUUCCAUGAAGACCUUGGCUUUACUGUUUGCCGACCGUCCAGUAGAAGAGGGCAAGAAGGCUGCCAAGAAGAAGGGCUCUUCCUUCCAGACUGUGUCUGCCCUUUUCAGGGAAAACUUAAACAAGCUGAUGUCCAAUCUGAGGAGCACUCAUCCACAUUUUGUGCGCUGCCUCAUCCCCAAUGAAACUAAAACUCCUGGUGCCAUGGAACAUGAGCUUGUAUUGCACCAACUGAGAUGUAAUGGUGUACUUGAAGGUAUCCGAAUUUGCAGGAAAGGCUUCCCCAGCAGGAUUAUUUAUGCUGAUUUCAAACAGAGAUACAAAAUUCUGAAUGCAAGUGCCAUCCCAGAGGGACAAUUCAUAGAUAGCAAGAAGGCUUCUGAAAAACUUCUUGGAUCAAUUGAUGUUGACCAUACCCAGUAUAAAUUUGGCCACACCAAGGUGUUCUUCAAAGCUGGGCUUCUGGGUCUUCUAGAGGAGAUGAGAGAUGAUAAGCUGGCACAAUUAAUUACACGUACCCAAGCUAUGUGUCGUGGGUUCUUAGCAAGGUCUGAGUUCCAGAAAAUGAUGCAAAGAAGAGAAUCCAUCUUCACUAUUCAGUACAGUAUUCGUUCAUUCAUGAAUGUGAAGCACUGGCCUUGGAUGAAAUUGUACUUCAAGAUCAAGCCCCUGCUGAAGAGUGCAGAGUCAGAGAAGGAAAUGGCCAACAUGAAGGAAGAAUUUGAGAAAACAAAGGAGAAUCUUGCCAAGGCAGAGGCCAAAGUGAAGGAACUAGAAGAAAAAAUGGUGUCCCUGAUGCAGGAGAAAAAUGACUUGCAACUUCAAGUCCAAGCUGAAGCUGAUGGCUUGGCAGAUGCUGAGGAGAGAUGUGACCAGCUAAUCAAAAGCAAAAUCCAACUGGAAGCUAAAAUUAAGGAGCUCACUGAGCGAGCUGAAGAUGAAGAAGAAAUGAAUGCUGAAUUGACAGCCAAGAAGAGGAAACUGGAGGACGAAUGCUCAGAACUGAAGAAAGACAUUGAUGAUCUUGAGCUGACACUGGCCAAGGUUGAAAAGGAGAAGCAUGCUACAGAAAAUAAGGUGAAAAACCUUACUGAAGAGAUGGCGGUCUUGGACGAGACCAUUGCCAAACUGACCAAGGAGAAGAAAGCCCUGCAAGAGGCCCAUCAACAGACCUUGGAUGAUCUGCAGGCAGAGGAAGACAAAGUGAACACUCUGACCAAAGCAAAAACCAAGCUGGAACAGCAAGUGGAUGAUCUUGAAGGGUCUCUGGAGCAAGAAAAGAAACUUCGCAUGGACCUUGAAAGAGCUAAGAGGAAGCUAGAAGGGGAUUUAAAGCUAGCUCAGGAAUCCACAAUGGAUUUGGAAAAUGAUAAGCAGCAGCUGGAUGAAAAGCUGAAGAAGAAAGACUUUGAAACCAGCCAACUCCAGAGCAGGAUUGAAGAUGAGCAGGUCCUGGGCUCCCAGCUUCAGAAGAAGAUCAAGGAGCUGCAGGCUCGUAUUGAGGAAUUGGAAGAGGAGAUUGAGGCAGAACGGGCAUCUCGCGCCAAAGCAGAGAAACAGCGGGGUGAUCUCUCCAGGGAACUUGAGGAGAUCAGCGAGCGUCUGGAGGAAGCUGGUGGAGCAACUGUAGCUCAGAUUGAGAUGAACAAGAAACGUGAGGCAGAAUUUCAGAAAAUGCGCCGGGACCUUGAAGAGGCCACCUUGCAGCAUGAAGCCACCGCUGCUGCCCUCCGCAAGAAGCAUGCAGAUAGUGCAGCUGAACUUGGGGAACAAAUUGAUAACCUGCAGCGAGUGAAGCAGAAGCUGGAGAAGGAGAAGAGUGAACUGAAGAUGGAGAUCGAUGAUCUUGCAAGCAAUAUGGAAUCUGUCUCUAAAGCUAAGGCAAAUCUUGAGAAGAUAAGCCGUACAUUAGAAGACCAGCUCAGCGAGCUUAAAACAAAGGAGGAAGAACAUGUACGCACAAUUAAUGACCUCAGUGCUCAAAGAGCACGUUUGCAGACAGAAACAGGUGAACUGUCCCGCCAAGUAGAGGAAAAAGAUUCAUUGAUUUCUCAACUCACAAGAGGCAAACAAGCCUUCACACAGCAGAUUGAGGAACUGAAGAGGCAGCUUGAGGAAGAAGUGAAGGCCAAAAAUGCCCUGGCACAUGGCUUGCAGUCAGCUCGCCAUGAUUGUGAUUUGCUCCGGGAGCAGUAUGAAGAGGAGCAGGAAGCCAAGGCUGAGCUUCAACGGUCAUUGUCUAAAGCCAAUAGUGAAGUUGCUCAAUGGAGGACCAAAUAUGAAACAGAUGCUAUCCAGCGCACAGAAGAGUUAGAAGAAGCCAAGAAAAAGCUUGCUCAGCGUCUGCAGGAAGCUGAGGAACAUGUAGAAGCUGUGAAUUCCAAAUGUGCUUCCCUGGAGAAGACCAAGCAGAGGUUGCUGAAUGAAGUGGAGGACCUGAUGAUUGACGUGGAAAGGUCCAAUGCAGCUUGUGCAGCUCUAGAUAAGAAGCAGAAGAACUUUGAUAAGAUUCUGGCAGACUGGAAACAGAAAUAUGAGGAAACUCAGUCUGAACUGGAAGCUUCCCAGAAGGAGUCUCGGUCUCUGAGCACAGAGCUCUUCAAGAUGAAAAACGCAUAUGAAGAAUCCUUGGAUCACCUGGAAACUCUGAGGCGCGAGAACAAGAAUCUCCAGCAGGAGAUAUCUGACCUAACGGAACAGAUUGCUGAGGGAGGAAAGGCCAUCCAUGAACUAGAGAAAGUGAAGAAGCAGAUUGAACAGGAGAAGGGUGAACUCCAGGCUUCCUUAGAAGAGGCUGAGGCCUCUCUGGAACAUGAAGAGGGCAAACUCCUGCGCAUCCAACUUGAGCUCAACCAGGUGAAAGCUGACAUCGACAGAAGAAUUGCAGAGAAGGAUGAAGAAAUUGAUCAGCUGAAGAGGAAUCAUGUGAGGGUGGUAGAGUCCAUGCAGAGCACAUUGGACGCUGAGAUUAGGAGCAGGAAUGAUGCCCUACGGCUUAAGAAGAAGAUGGAGGGAGAUCUGAAUGAGAUGGAGAUCCAACUGAACCAUGCCAACCGUCAAGCUGCUGAAGCACUAAAGAACCUCAGGAACACACAAGGACUGCUCAAGGAUACCCAAAUACAUCUGGAUGAUGCUUUGAGAAGCCAGGAAGAUUUGAAGGAACAAGUGGCCAUGAUUGAGCGCAGAGCAAACCUAAUGCAGGCUGAGAUUGAGGAGCUCCGGGCAGCUCUAGAACAGACAGAGAGGGCCAGAAAGGUGGCUGAACAGGAACUUCUGGAUGCCAGUGAACGUGUGCAGCUCCUCCAUACCCAGAAUACCAGCUUGAUCAAUACCAAGAAGAAGCUGGAAACAGAUAUUUCACAAAUCCAGACUGAAAUGGAGGAAUCUAUUCAGGAGGCACGCAAUGCAGAAGAGAAGGCCAAGAAAGCCAUCACAGAUGCAGCCAUGAUGGCAGAAGAACUGAAGAAGGAACAAGACACCAGUGCCCACUUGGAGAGGAUGAAGAAAAAUCUAGAGCAGAGUGUGAAGGAUCUGCAGCACCGUCUUGAUGAGGCAGAACAGCUGGCAUUGAAGGGUGGCAAGAAGCAGCUCCAAAAAUUGGAGCAUAGAGUGCGUGAAUUGGAAGCUGAGGUUGAUAAUGAGCAGAAGCGUAGUGCUGAUGCCAUCAAAGGUGUUCGUAAAUAUGAGAGACGAGUGAAGGAGCUGACCUACCAGUCUGAGGAAGACAGGAAGAAUGUUCUGAGACUCCAAGAUCUGGUGGACAAAUUGCAACUGAAAGUGAAAGCAUACAAGAGGCAAUCUGAAGAAGCUGAGGAACUUUCCAACGUGAACCUUUCCAAGUUCCGCAAGAUUCAGCAUGAGCUGGAAGAAGCUGAGGAACGGGCUGACAUUGCUGAGUCCCAGGUGAACAAACUCAGGGUGAAGAGCCGAGAAGUUCAUAAGAAGGUGGUUAUAAGUGAAGAAUAAACUUACCUGAAAAUGGCAAAGUGACCCAAGAGAAGCGCAAAAUGUGAAGCUCUUUGUCGCUCCCUGUAAUUACUGUUUAUUUUGCCUCAAUUUGUAGAAAUAAAGAUUAUAGCAAUUGGAAAAACCA